AUUCUCUGCACAUUUGCAUUGUUCUGUUUGUACAACUGUUGUUAUGUGUGCAUUGAAAGAUCUCAACAAUAAGGUGUGAGAAGUGAGGAGUGGAGUCAGUUUUGUGGCCCUGUCAUCAUAAUUCUUUGCUUGCAGAGCAGAUAUUGUCUUUUAUGGUGCUAGGCUGCUGAAUCGCUUAAAGGCGUAGGGAAAAUUUAGCAAAUUUAAGGUUAGGCGUGCGAGAAUUUGCCUUUUCUAGAUGAGCAAACCGUUUUUGUAGACUUUCUCUUUGGCGAUUUAGCGCAAAUGUUGGCUUUAGGUUGGGAUAAAUCUGCAAAACACCGGAGGAAUAACUUUGAAAACGCUGCGAGUGGAAUAAUUUCUGAAGACCGUGGGAAUAUUGUACGUUGAAGUUAUUUUCUCCACGGAACGUUUCGAUUGGACGUUUUUUUGACCGGUGCAGAAAUCUCAAGGGUUGAGAAGUGCUCUUGCUGAAGAAUUUGCUUCCAAACUGGCUCCUCUCAGCUACGAUUCUUUUGUUUGCAUGGAACAAUUUUCCAACGGCCUCCGCUCUUCUUCCUCUUCUUCUUCCCAGCAUUUGCUUUACUCUUUGCAACAGCAGCAGCAACAGCAUUCAGAAGACACAUUGUUGCAGAACCACAGCGGCAGCAAUAAUACUAACAACGGCAGCAUGAACGCAAUGGACGCGAGCGUACUGGACAGGCAACGCGCCAGGCUUAAUGCGUUGAAUUGGACAAGCUCUGAGCAAAUCAACGGUCAGUUUAAUUCUUCGGACAUGUUUACUGACGCCGUUCCGGAGUGGCUGCAAUUCGCACAACAGAGCGGGCAUUUACUGAUGGCAAAUCGGGGAGACACGCCGAUGUUUGCCAUGAAAAAUACGUUAAGCUUGCAGAAUGGCUGGCCUAAUCUGCCAAACAGUGUGGUUAAAAGUGGGGAAGAAAACAACAGCGGUGUGACUGCGGCUACAUGUUUGAAGGCGCCGUUUGAUUCGGACCCCAGCUUCGUAGAGCACGCAGCGAAAUUCUCGUCAUUUGAAAGUAAUGGACAAAUGUUACCCUAUCUAAAGGCGGUGCCUAACAGUUCAGAGAGCAUUUCGAACGAACAACAGAUGGCUUGUUCGAACGAUUCAGAAGUCAGUAAGAUGAUUUGCAGGACGGCAAGCGCCGAGCAAUUUUCAGAUAAAGUGACGUCAGUUGCCCAAGAAUCAAUCCCGUCGGAGAAAAUAAUAGCAGGAAACGGCAAAUUUUCAAAGGAUAAUGGAGGCAGAAAGAGGAAAAACGAUAGAACAAAGCCUCAGGAAAUCAAGGCAGCAGAUUCUGAAGAAUCCAAAGAGAAAAGGACUAAAUCUGGUGACAGCGGUGCAAAGGAAAAAGAGGACUUAAGAAAGAGCAAAACAGAGCAGAGUAACAGUGACAAUUCAGUAGAUUCCACACAAAAGUCUGUAAAGGAAAAUUCAAAGGCUUCUGAGAAUCAGAAACAGGACUACAUUCACGUCCGAGCUAGACGGGGUCAGGCUACUGACAGCCAUAGCUUAGCUGAAAGGGUCAGAAGAGAAAAGAUUAGCGAAAGGAUGAAAUAUUUGCAGGAUUUGGUGCCUGGUUGUAAUAAAGUUACAGGCAAAGCUGUAAUGCUUGACGAAAUCAUUAACUACGUACAAUCUCUGCAAAGACAAGUAGAGUUCCUAUCAAUGAAACUAGCAGCUGUUAAUCCCAGGCUGGAGUUGAAUAUUGACAACUUCUUUGCCAAAGAGAUGAUGCCUCCAUGUGCAAACUUUCCUUCCUUGGGAGGAAUGUCUCCUGAUUUGGUACCCUAUCUUCAGUUUCACCCAAUGCAGCAGCAACAAGCUUCAUUGCAAGCAGGAGUAUGCUCUGGAUUCGAUAUACCCGCAAUUGUAAGCUCAGCAGAUACAACUUCGCUUCAUAGGACAACUACUCCAUCUGUUCCUGCAGAAAUGUUUGGGGAUGCCAAUUUCCAGGUACAUGCAUCUUCUGCUUGGGAUACCGAGCUGCAAAAUGUUUUUAGUAAUGGUUUAGUUCAAGGAAGGCAGACUCCAUUUGCAUCUCAAGGGCUCACUGGGCAUUUGGAUAUUAAUCACAUGAAAAUGGAGUUAUAAUUCCCUGCAUUGAGAUUUUCAUGUGGAGUAGUGGGAUUUGCGAGGCGAAUUCCAUAUAAAGUUUUAUAAUUCUUUGCUAAUUUAUAUCCUAAAAUCUUCUUUGUAAUUCUAUAAUUGACGGAUAAUGCUAUUUAUCAAUGUAAGAGAGAAUAGCAGCCAAGGUUUUGACUGUGUAAUUCUAGGGUUGAUUCUUAGUAUAAUCAGAAAUGUACAUAUAUGUAAGCUCAUCUAUUUCAGAAAUUUAGAGGUGGCAGAUUCGCCACAUUCUUUCUAGGAUUCUCAUUCCCAGCUUUAAAGCAGAUUAUCUAUGCUGUAAAGCUCAGUAUUGUACAACUAUGAAAUAUAAGAAGCAUAAGUGGCCAUUUUUCAAAAAAAUAAAAUCUCUCUGGCUGUAUCGAAAGGGUUUAGCCUUUGGCAGUAUUGAAGGGCACAGUUAAUUUCAUUUUCGAACAUUUUUGCCCACGUAUUUGUAUUAUAAAAAUGGCUUCUAUUUGUGAUAUGUUUGCUAA